CCUCAACAGGAUAUCGGCAAUAUAAAGCUCAAAAAGCAUGUUAUCGUUCGUGGGUUUGUAGAGAAAAUAGCGGAUUCGCUACAUAACGUCAAGUUCUUUCAUCAAAGUGUGAAAUACGAGGUUAAUGAUCACCACGAGCAUAAUUCGUCAAAUUCAUGUCCUGGAUUGAAACCCGAAUGCUUCUUAUAUAAGGAUCCCCAUUUGGAGAGAUACCACCUGCCCAUG